AUGAGCACCAUUCUCAAAUCCGUCCACCACACGGCUACGUUCGCACGCUCGAAUGCUGCUUUUGCAGUUCGUGCAUUCUCGUCGUCUUCAACUACGCUACUUGAUGAGCUAAAAGAACAGAUCCCUGUGCGUCAAGAAGCUUUGAAGAAGCUGAAGGCUGAGCACGGUCACAAGUCCCUUGGAGAGGUCACAGUUGAGCAGACAUUGGGCGGUGCUCGCGGAAUUAAGUCGCUUUUGUGGGAAACGUCGCUGCUGGAUGCAGAGGAAGGCAUUCGUUUUCGUGGCCAUACUAUCCCUGAUCUUCAGAAGCGCUUGCCGUCGAAGGAGAAUGGUGGGGAGCCUCUACCGGAAGGACUGCUAUGGCUACUUUUGACUGGGGAGAUUCCCACAGCCGAUCAGGCCGCCAGCGUUACUGCUGAGCUACACUCGCGUGCUAAGGUACCCGAGCAUGUGCGCAAGAUCAUUUAUGACCUCAAACACGCCCACCCCAUGACGCAGCUCUCGGCUGCUGUGACUGCCAUGAACACUGAGAGCGUGUUUGCCAAGAAAUACGCUGAAGGUAUUCACAAGUCGACUUAUUGGCAGUACACGUACGAAGACAGCAUGAACCUUAUUGCUUGUUUGCCUGAGGUUGCCGCUCUUAUUUACCGCAACACAUACUUUGGUGAAUCUAAUAAUGCUUACGACUCCAGCCUGGAUUACUCAGCCAACUUUAAUCGCAUGCUGGGCUUCGACAGUUCUGAGUUUGACGAGCUCAUGCGUCUAUACUUAGUGAUCCACAGUGACCACGAGGGUGGUAACGCAAGUGCGCAUGCCACACAUCUCGUGGGCUCAACCCUUUCAGACCCGUACUUGUCUUUGGCUGGUGGCCUUAAUGCUUUGGCGGGGCCAUUACACGGCCUUGCCAAUCAAGAAGUGCUGGGCUGGAUUCUUGACCUGCAAGCUGAGUUCCGUGCCAAGGGUUUGGAGGUGAACAAGGAGACAAUUACUCAAUUUGCAUGGGAUACACUUAAUGCAGGCAAGGUCAUUCCUGGCUAUGGCCACGCUGUGUUGCGUAAGACCGAUCCCCGUUAUACGUGCCAGCGCGAAUUCGGCCUUAAGUACAUGCCAAAUGACGAACUGUUCCGUAUUGUGGACACAAUCUACCAGGUGAUGCCUGGUGUGCUUACCGAGCACGGGAAGACCAAGAACCCGUAUCCAAAUGUAGACUCGCACAGUGGAGUGUUGCUUCAAUACUACGGGUUGACGCAGAAGAACUACUACACAGUGCUCUUCGGUGUUUCUCGUGCUAUUGGAGUCCUCUCGCAACUCUUCUGGGACCGUGCGUUAAGCUUGCCGCUUGAACGUCCAAAGUCUGUAACCAGCGAGUGGAUUAACAACUACUUUGCCAACAAGAAGUAA